UUAUAAAAUUUUGUAAAUAAGUGAUUUUUCUCCUUCACUAAUGUGCGCUAAUGAGGGUGCACUGAUGGACACUGAUAGAUGGCACUGAUGUGUAUUGACAGGCAUCACCGAUUGGCACUGAAAGGCAGCACUGACUGGCACCAUCGAUUGGCAUUGAUAGGUGGCACUGAAAGGCAGCUUAGAUGGGCAGUGAUAUGUGGCACUGACACGAGUGCUGGUGCUACACUGAUCAUCAGGGCACACUGAUCAUCAGUGCCCUGAUGAUCAGUGCACAUGUCCCCUCCACGAAAAGCCGCUGUCAGCGUGACAGCUCGAGGAUUGAAAUGCCGGCAUUUCCGUUUACAUGUGAUCAGCUGUGAUUGGA